ACAAACAAGACGAAGUUCAAGUCAAGCCAAAGCCAUACUUUGAAAGUUUUCCCCAACUAAGAGUCUCACCAUUGUCAUCUUCACCUUUGAAGUGUUCGCUUGUGCUUUGUUUUGUCGUGCUUCAACUCUGCGUCUAGUGACCGCACCUAAAAAAUUAAUUUAUAAAAAAUCAUCAGAAAACGUGUAAAAAUGAUCAAUAAAUGAUUAAUUAUCGAUAAAAUGAAUGUUUUUCUUCAUUUUUAAUACAAAAUUUUGCCAUUUUAAGCUCGAAAAAGGCUAUAAAAUUCACGAUUUGGAAAAAUAUCUUUAAGAUACACACCUUUGUAUCUGAGUGUGUAUAUAUGCAAAUGCUUAUGUGCUAGCUUUGUUCUCUUAAAGCAGUUUCUCCAGUUUUUUUUUGUUGAAAAUCGAUCGAAAAAAAAGAAAACAAAAUCCGUUUUCUUGAUGUAAUUAGUGUCUCGAUUAAUUAACUGCCAGUUUUUAAGUUCAUCCAUCCUCUACCUGCAACUUGAUGCUCGAGUGAUUUUUUUUUACUCAACAGUUGGUUAGAUAGAGAUACGAUCGCAUAAAGAUACGUUCGAGUGCAUAAAACGAAACUUCACGCGUGCGGGACAGUACUACCUAUACCUUUUAACUUAAGUUCCACAAACUUUGAAAAGAAAGCUUAGUACCUACUGAAAAAAACAACAAAAUAAUUGUGUGGCAAUACAUUCUACACACGUGUACCUACCUUGCACCCAUACCACAACAAACAUUCAUAUCUACCUGCAUUAAAAAAAAAGUAUCUAAACUAACUAUCUAUUGGCAUUCAAAGACCAAAUCGAGGGAGUUCAAUGCACAGAGAGUCUAUCAUCAUUUGUAGCUUUUCAUUCACGUAACAGUGCUUCGGUUUGCUCAUAGUUUUUCGUGACUACGCGCCGAGCCGCGCUACACACUCUUUGGCGGGCUCACAUAGAUACUCGUUGAGAGUGUGACUUGUGUGCUUGAGUAUUGGUAUUGGUAAUUUGGUUUUUCCGACUUUUUACAGUUAUACUUUGUUUAGUUCUUCGUAACGGUUCUUUGAGUGUAGAUGCAUUCUUAAUCUAGCUAAACUUGUUUUUCCUUCUUGUCUUGUUGUGGUUGUUUUGGUUCAAUCUUUCGUCUUGGCUCAUAUAAUCGUGACGGUUCCAGGUGAGAAGUCACCUCCCCGCCUAAAAAUAUUCAAAAAAAAGGUUAAUGUGUGUUUAAGGUUUCUCGCUUAGUCCUUUCGAAAAAAGAGAGAACCUAAAUGUUUAAUUGCCGCGGCAAAUUGCCAAACAAGUGCCUUGCCUAGUGAAUAAUGUCAUAAACGGAAGUCAAUGAUUCCCCAUCGAUAAAACAAGUGAACUAUGACAGACCUGAGAGGAAUGAGUAAUCGGAGGAGGAGUGAUGAUGGGCGCUCCGAUUUAAUUGUGAUAUUUUGUGUAAUUUUACUAUGCUUAAGUGAGUCCCCGACAGUGGCUCAAAAAGGUGGAAGUGAUAGUGGAUUUAGUGAGAAUGAGAUUGAUAUUGACGGGGAUAUGCCCCAAGAUACCCUUCGUCGACCUGUAACUCAGUUGCGUGGGGGUGAAAUUCUUGGUGAACGUAUUUUGAGAGCUGUGGAGAGUCCUUUUGUUGUGACGGAGGACAUUGAGGUGCCAAAAGGAUCUAAAUUAAUUAUUGAACCAGGAGUAACGAUAGAAUUUGCACCAUCAACUGGAUUAACUGUGCAAGGCGUCAUGCAAGCCGUUGGAACAUCAACUAGAAGAAUUACUUUGACAUCCCGUGAUAGCUCUAACAGGGUAUUCCCAGACCCCGAAGAACUUGGAGCACGAUUAGUCGAUGGACCGACACCAUUAGAAGGAAGAUUGCAAAUUUUUCACAAGGGACAGUGGCGUUCCGUUUGCACAAACUCUCGAAAUUGGACAGAAAUGGAUUACGAAACAAUGUGUCGUCAAAUGGGCUUCCGAGGGGGAAGGUUUUGGAACUGGAUAGAACGUUCGGCUAAAAAAGCACCUCGUUUACUUUAUGAGGAGCCAAACUGUUUAGGAACUGAGUCAUCCCUCUUCGAUUGUUCUUGGUUAACCAGGCAACUUGGCUCAGGAGUAUGUGAUUAUCACAGUGACAUAGGCGUUCAGUGUAUUCCAGUGCAUAAAAAUGUCAUUGGUCAUUGGAGAGGAGUGCGUUUCGAAAACGCUCCCGCUGCCAAAUCAUUAGGACUUGACAACACAGUUUACUCAGCAAUAUCACAGUCCAGUUUGAAGUAUGUAGACAUUUUAAAAGCUGGCUAUGGACGGGAAGGUGAUGCCAAAUCAGCUCUUGAGGUGCUAGGGUUGCCUCCAGAGAUGGAGCACAUUGUCAUAAAUCAUUCAGCUUACACAGGCAUAAAUACUACUCUCCCCGAUGGAGGUUUUGCAAUGAAAAACGUCACCGUAAGAAACAGUAAUGGUAUUGGGGUUUUUGUCAACUCUAGUUAUGGUUCUGUCAAAAUGGAUGGAUGUGUGAUAGUUGACAAUGCAGCCGAUGGCAUCAAAUACGUUGGCCAUGAUCUCCGUCCUGAUCUGCGAACUGAUCGUGCAACAAUUCACGAUUUUUGUACUUUACCAACAACAUCGGGUCAAACUUUUCCAAUAAGUCUAUCAAUGCAUCAGAAAUUCUAUGUUGGAGCUGCCAAAGAAUGCGGAAAGUACUUCUUCACCCAUCCAGGAUAUGUUUUGACAGUUCAUUUUGAUUACUUCACUGUCGCACGUAAUGAAUCCGCAACUAUUACAAUAUUUGAUGGUUCGUCACCUGGUGAUCGAGUUCUAACUUCAUGGAACUUGCGGAAUUUUACCCGCCAUCAAGCUGUCACUAGCACCAAAGACAAGUUAUACAUACAAUUUCGAGCUGAAAUGCGAACGGAAGUCCUGGGAUUUAUACGUCUUACGACUGGGUUUACACGAACCUAUGACUUGAAGGUGGUUGACUCUGUGGUGGAAGACAAUUCUGGGCGUGGAAUUGCUAUAGAUAAUAUUCGUUCCCAGCUGCAAAUACAGGGAACGACCAUUUCAAAUAACGGUCAUGUUUCGGGUGUCCAUGUGACCAGUGGAGCUGGAGAUGUAAACAUUACCCAGAGUAACAUAAGCUUUAAUAAAGGCGAUGGAGUGAAUAUCACAUAUUACGGUGGAAACAGGAAUAUUUCCAAGAGUUCUAUCAGUUCGAACCAGGGUUAUGGAUUUGCAGUUUGGCUAAACGAAACAAAGGACAUUGAACGGAAAGAAUUUAUUCCUUUGAAUCAAACCACAACAGUGGAGUACACAGAUGUGUUCAAUAAUUUAGAGACUGGCAUCCAACAUGGUAACUUUUGUGCCCCACUUUGGAUCAAUAUCACAGGAAAUCACUUUAAUUCAAGCAAUCUCGAUGACGUUUACAUUGACAGUUGUUGGUUUCCGUUGAAAAAUCCCAAUGAAGAAGUCCUGAAACUUCAAAUAGGUCAUAAUCUCUUCGAGAAUAGCAAACGAAACUCAAUUCUUUUAAGUCCUGCAUUGAAUUUGAUCGGACGAAUAGAAUACAAUCAAUUUCGAUAUGGAUCCCAUGGAUCAUUGUACAUUCGGAAUCAACCUUGGGAUGAAUUUAAUGAGCUACCUGUCAAAUUGAUAGUUCAGAAUAACUACUUUAUGAGAAAUAAAGGUGUUUACGUGGUUUCUCUGGGACUGUCGCCUUAUAGUGAAAAAGAUGUACAGUUCCUUCUGUUUACACGGAAUUUUGUUCGAGAAAAUAAAAUUCGGGAGCCAUUUGGUCCGGCUUCACUUGACACAGGCGAGAAGAAAUUAAACCCCCGAUCGAGAGUUUCAGCACCAAUUGUCAUCUCAUCGAGUAAUGUUGACGUUUUUCGUAACAUCAUUUCCAAUUAUGAUUCUCAGUAUGAAAUUGGAUCACAACUUUGUGAUCAAAGUCAAAUAAUCAAUGCAACUUAUAACUGGCUUGGUUAUACAGAUGAGUUUAAGAUUUAUGAAAGACUGUUUCAUCGGAAUGACAGAUAUAAUCUGGCAAAGAUUCAAUACCUUCCGUAUUUGUUGCACAAUUCGAAUCCGGGAAGUUCAACUAUCAUAUCGAUACCGACUUUUGUUCAUAAGUUCUUUAAUGAAGGUUCCGAUUUGCUUGGCGGGGAAGUUGAUGGUCAAGAAAUGAUACCUUCGGGAACUUAUAGAGUCAAUAGGGACAUCAAUAUUCGUCCUGGGGGAAAGCUUAUAUUACAGCCAGAUGUGACGUUGAAGUUUGAUCCAAGUGUGGGAAUGAUGGUUGCAGGAAAGCUUGAAGCUAGAGGAAGGAGACCAGAUGAUAUUCUAUUUACACUUAAGCGAGAGACCCUAAUGCCACCAACUACUAACGACACAGUUGAUGUUAAUGGAGAAGACGUAGAGGCAAUAGACAUGGAAACUGAGUCGAUAAUGAGAAAAGAAGACUUGACCGAUGUUCCAGUUCGAUUGCUCGGUGGUUCUGGAGAGCAUGAGGGACGUUUACAGAUCUUCCUCGAUGAUCGAUGGGGAACUGUCUGUGAUUAUGGUUGGAAUAUCAUAAAUGCUGCUUUGGUUUGCCAUCAUCUUGGCUACACACUUAACCCUCUCGAUUGGAGACUGCAUCCAUCACAAAUGCCUGGAGUUGGCACCACUGAAGAUGUUAUUGUAUCGAACGUCCGAUGUACCGAACAUGAUGUAGACAUAACCAAAUGUCGUUCGGAGAGAAUAUCUCGUGGAGAGUUUGAAAACUCUUGUUCACACGACAAUGAUGUUGGAGUACGUUGCCACGAAGGAGGUUGGGCUGGAUUGAGAUUCAGCAUGUUGGCUGAGCGUGCAGAUCUUCAGUAUGUUACUGUUGAAAGAGCUGGAUUGUUUGAUUACAAAACAAAUUCAUUCAAGCCUGCUGUGCAAAUGGAUUUUGCCAGACAUAAUUUGGAAAAUGUUCGAAUUGUCGAUAAUUUGAAUGAUGGUCUUGGAGUGAUCUACUCGGACGUAUUCGGUGGAAAAUCCAUCAAUAAUAUUAAAAAUAGUGAAUUCACUAAUAACAAAGGUGAUGGAAUAAGUCUGAAACAGCUGGGCUUAAGAGUUCAUGGGUCAUUGAUUAAGGACAAUAUUGGUAGUGGAAUUUCACAUAAUCCAGUGAUUUCGGCAGUUGAUCAGAGAGAACUUGGCGGGUGGUUUAAAAUGGCACCGGAUUUCAAUACAUUCGACACUGAUUAUGAACCGGUAUUUUUGCCAAAACAUGAUUUCAAUUUCGACUUGGGAACAUGGCAGACAAAAUACAUAAUAACUGAGAAGCAAUCUGGAGAGAAUUUGAGUAGAAAAAUGGCAAUUCGAUGUCAGCCUGGUUAUGUUAUGGGAAUUCAACUAUUGAAUCCGAUUGAAAAUCGAUCUACCGAACGAAUUACGAUUCUAGACUCUCAGACGGAAAAUGAUCGAUCAAGAUUGUGGGAAGUUAAGAGGGAUUUAAGUGUGUUUCCGGUUACAAGCAGUAGUUAUGGAAUAAUUUUGUACUACGAAAGUGGAAUGAAUGCUCUAGGAGGUGCUGUAAUUAUGCUUUCAACACUUUCAGCACCAGUUCAGGAUGUGAGGAACCGGGUAACUGGAGGUCCUACACCAUCUCUGACUAUAAGAUCCACAAAAAUACAGAAAAAUGCCAGAGCUAUAUCGGCUUUCUACUAUAAUCGAUACUUCGGACAAAAUGGUGAACACUAUCUGAGGAAGGCUAAUGAAUCGAUAAAGAUUUCAAACUCUGAAAUAAGCUCGAACGAUGGUGAAGCUUUACUUGUGAAGGCACCAUUCUGGGAUGUCCACUCCAGCAAUAUCUCCGAGGUUACAAUUCAUAUAAACAACACGUUGAUCUUCCAAAAUGGGCUUGGCAUUCGUCAUGUGUCCAAGGAUCUUCGAUCUUCUAAUAAUCUCUUCCACUAUGCUUUGCAAGAUAACACGAUUGAAUCGAAUUUGCAUGGUGGAUUGGAUAUAUCACUGCCAUACGUCUGGCAGUACAAUGAGAACUUUACCCAUAGCAUCUUUCUUGGAAACAACACCUGGCGAAGGAAUAGGGACUUUACAAUAUCUGUCAAAGGCCACUAUGCCUGGGUAAAUUUAACCUCAAAUUUGUUCCUGGAUAACGAUUGUCGAAAAGGAUUGAUUGCUCUUGAUGGAAUGGAAAAGAAACUUAAGUUCGAUUAUAAUCGAAUGGAAAACAACAAUGGAAAAUUCGUAAUAGAAGUUCGAGCUGACAGUUUGAGUGAGAUCAUUGGAGAAGUUCCAGCUAUCUUCGAGUAUAACACAAUUAAGGAUAACCGAUAUGAUCCGGUAGCAAGUUAUCGCACCUCUAUUAUGAGGUCUCAAAUAAGAACCCUUAAGCAGGAGCAAAGAUCUUUACCCAAGACAGCAGUUAUUCGGUUCGAUGGAGUGCAAAAGGUUAAAAUACACAGAAACUUAAUCGCUCAAAAUACCAUGGAUUUCGACUUGAUAGCUGGUGUAAGAUCAGCCAGACUUAGUAACUUCCUAUAUGCCAUGGAAAAUUGGUGGGGUUCUUCUGAUCCGGCUUAUAUAAGAUCAAGAAUUUUCGACUUUGACAACUGGAAUAAUCAUGCAGAAGUUGUAUUCCAGCCAUAUUUGAUAGAAAAUUCAUUUGAUGCCAGUGUAUCGGUGGAUUCUAGUACUAACCAUGGCAAGGAAUUAAACGCUGAUAUGGUUAAAAUAGGAGGAAGGAUAUCCCGUGAUUUCGUACUGAAAAGACGAGCAGAACCUUAUAAUGUCAUAUCAGAUAUCACUGUCAUGCCAGAUGUUACUUUGACAAUCGAAUUUGGAACAGUUUUGGAAUUUGAACCAAAUGUCGGUAUUCUUGUGUUGGGAACACUAAAUGCCAUUGGGUAUAAGGAUUCUCAGAUUGUUAUGAAACCAAGACCAUCGAAGACCCAUGAAUCCUAUACGAUGCUGAAUAAAAGAUCAUUGGAAAACCUUGUGUCACACGAUUCGAUACGUUUGUGUACUGCGAGAAAUUGCUCGUCAAGAGCUCAUGAAGAUGAAACUUAUUCAGUUCAUGAAGGUUUUCUGGAAUAUUUCAAUCAUACGACUUUACAAUGGGUUCCAAUUUGUGAUAAAAGAUUUACCGAAAGAAAUGCUCAGGUAGUUUGUCGAGAGCUAGGUUAUGAUCCAUUGAAUGUUUACUACGGACAUGAUCGUCGAAUUGAAUUCCAUACCAAUUCCUUAACUCGUAUUUGGUCUUGGGUUCAACCAUUGGAAUGUAAAGGUGACGAAAAUAGACUGGAAGACUGCACGGAGCGACUUAAUGGGCAAUUAUAUGGUAGACUUCAUGAAUGUCAUUGGAAUGAUGAAUUUGUAUUUGUCAGCUGUUAUGGAAAUAUGGAAACUGAUGAUUCGACUUAUUGGGGUGGAAUACGAUUUGCACAUUCAGAUUUUGAGCAAAAUUUGUACGAAAAUCGAGUUCAUGAUAUUAGAACUCAUGGCCUGAUGACGGCAACGGAGAGUCGAAUGGAACAUGUUCGCAUUGAAAAUGCUGGCAUCUUACAUAAUGAGAAGUCAUCAGCUAUUCAAGCGAUCUUCAAAAAUCCCAAGAUCACUUCGGUUAGUAUCUUCAACUCAGCUCAUCAUGGUAUAAAUCUGAUAUCACCUAGUGGAUCGGUAAACUUGAACUUCAUCCACAUCAAUAAUACAUUCGGAAAUGGAUUGAACAUAAUUUCUUUAACUGGCGAAGGUCGGGAAAGUGAUCUUUCCAGUUUUGUUCCUCUAAAGUCGUUGGAUCUUUCAUAUCAUCUUUAUUCCCUUGUUGAUAUCUGUGAUCCGAACAAGGUUAUCACUGUUGAGGAGAGGAUUCUUCUAUAUUACAAGUAUGACAAUAAUCCUGUGAAUUGUGUGAAGAUCUUUAACGCAGUUUAUCGGGCUAAACCAGUGGGAUUCCGUUUGUUACAAUCGAACUUAUUCAAUCAUUCGAAGGAAUAUGGCAGACCAGAUACAAUUCAGCUGUAUGAUGGCGACAUCUACAAUAUUUCAUCUAAGUUCUUGGGACAAAUUGAAGCAGAUUCGUCGAAUCAAAAUUCGUUCUUUAAAACAACUGGUCCAACUUUAAGUAUUCGACUUAUUGCAAGUGGUGCCCCUGAAACACAUGGAUUCAUUGCUGAGGUUGUCACGGUGCCGAUUUCAGCUAUUGGACUAAAUCGAGAUGCACAACAUAACUUGACGUAUUCUCAAAUAAGUGGUACUACCAAGUCUGCAGUAACAUAUGCUUCAGCUGGAGAAGUCUCACCUACAUUUACACUGGCUUCAAAUAAGUUCAAAAAUAACUGCCGACAGUUGUAUGGAAACUUUUCGACUUGUGAGACUGCUCUCAGAGUUGAUGUACAAAAUAUGCAAUCCUUCUUCUUUACGAACAAUUUGGUCCAAGGCAAUCAAGGUGGUUUAUACAUUCGAGCUGAUUCUCGUGGAACAGCAACUUCUUUAAAGGGUUUCAUUCAACAUAAUCUCUUUGUUCGAAAUCAUAAUCGACCUACAUUGCAUAUUGAAGCCCGGCAAUCUUCACCAUACCAGGAAGUUAUACUUUAUAGGAAUUACAUUGCUCAAAAUGAUGCUCGUUAUCAUGAUGUUAUUCGUUUGAGACAGGUUAUUUCAAACUUUACAUACAAUUAUGUACAUAGCAAUACUGGUAGUAGAAUAAUGGAAAUUUCUGGAUUUAAUAAAGUUCGAUUGCCGAUCUAUCAAACAACAGCUCACAAUGGAUUUUAUGAGAAUGUUGCUACCAGUUAUCAAGGACGAGCAACUAUUGUAGCUGGUACAGCUGGCCAGCAGUAUGUUGAUAAUAUAUUCCAAAACUUUGAGAAUGACUACGAGAUGAUAACAGUUAACAAUUCAAACUAUGAUAUGCAGUAUUGGAACAGUACUAUCGAGCUCUGGAAGUCCAAAGUCGAUGCACGACACAACUACUGGAGCUUUAAUGAAUCGAUUUCGGUGGAAUCUCGAAUUCGUGAUAAAUCAGAUGAUCCAUAUUUGCUAGAAGUUGAAGCAGUUCCAUUCCAAAUGAACAAUCAGACAAUUCUUGAUGGAAAAUGCCCACCAGGAUGGACUCUAGUGAUGGAUACAUGUUUCAUUUACAUUGGUGCACCAAUGCCAUUUCGAGAAGCGAGAGAUUUUUGUCGUUCAGAUAAUGCAUCAAUGCCAUUUAUUCGAACGGAUAGUGCAACCUUGUGGUCUUAUCUUCAAAGUCAAAUGCAGCAUUUAAAGUAUCCUGAAAAAGUAUGGAUCCAGGACUACAAUCAUAUUGACAAGUGUACAAGCUUCAUUUUCCGUGACAUAGAAGUUGAGGAAUGCAAUCAGGAAUUAGGUUUCAUUUGUGAAAUAGAUCCAAAGGUUGUUAUUGAUCCUUUAUCCUGGAGAGCCGAUGUGUUCGCAAUCAGCAUUAUAUCUGCAUUUAUUUUAGCGCUAAUAUUGUUAAUCCUUAUGGCAGUUUGUUGGUAUGCCAAAUCAAAACAUAGACAUGUUCAACGCUUACAGAGAAGAAAUAGUAUUCGACAAAGUUUGAGGAGCUUAAACGGCAUUGACCCACAAGGGUCCUUACGGCGACGCAAUUUUAACGUUUCAUCAUCGACGGCAACACUAACGCGAAACUUAGCUCAAGAUUAUAAGAAAAUGGAAUCAAACGGAUCGAUUGAUUCAAUGGACAAAAGUGUGUUAAGUUCCACAGCUAGUUUUGAUACGUACGAAGGACCCAGCGGCAGUGGAAAGGAUUUCUUUAACCAACCCAGUGAAACUCAUAAAAUUCAACCUCAUCAUGCAAAGUAUGGAGAGUAUGCUAAUCAAAGCUCACUAAGAGCUGCACCUACGAUUGGCCAUGCGAAUGAGCCAAGAGUAGCCACUAUUGGUGCUUCAAGAGGGACAAGCAAAGCGAUUUAUGCUCCGAACCCGGAACGUUUCGAGCUCUCCUAUCGCAAUGAAGGCUACAGAGACAAUUCUACUUUUGCGAGUACAAGAAACAACUCGAUUAAUGCUAGUUCAACAGAAGAUACACCCAUUAUUCAUUUGACAGAUACGCCAGAUAUUGACGAUGUCGGAUCAGAUUAUUACGGCAACGCCAGUACUUUACCUUUAAGAACUCACAAUGAGAACUUGGCAUUUUUGAAUGAACUCAAACAUACACUUCCCGAGUAUAAGCCCGGAGAAAAAGAACAAAGUCACAGUAGUUUCCUACCGUACUCUUCCAAUCAAUCACAAUCGAGCACAUUACCGUAUGAGGAAAAAAUAGAUAACUUCAAUUUUACACCUGUCGAUGAUAACAAACCCAGAAAAGACUUUCAAGACCUAGUCAGAGAAAAUGUCCAUCAUGAGAAUCCAGCUGAUAUCCGAAGACCAGAUUCGUAUUAUACUGCUGUUCGGAGUAGCAAGGCACCGCCACAAUUCACUCAACCGUCCUUACAUUCACCGAGAGAGGCCAAUAAACGCCCAAAGACUGUUUAUCAAACUGCCGACCAGGACCAUCAGCCACCGCGCUCUAGUUCCUAUAUGCGAUCCAAAUCGGAGGCAUUGCUCGAAACAAAUUUCGAUGAGGAAGGAUCGAGCAGUCCAAUGAAUCCACUUCAGCCAGAUAGCCGCAGCUACAGUCAACCGCUGGAAACUGCUAUGUAGUUUUUAAAUACGAAGAAAAAAAGUAGUUUUUAAUGAUUUUUUUUUUUGUUUUGUUUUUGUGUAAAUAGACGACAAUCGAACGAAAUUUUUGCGAAGCGAAAUAAUUUAGUAUUAUGAAUAUUUAUAAUGCCACGUUUUUGACAUAUAUAAUUUUUUUUACUAAUUUUUUUUUAACUAAAAUUUAUAAAAUUAAGAAUAGAAUUUAACUGAUGUUUACA